UAUUAAUUUAUACAUAAUGCAUGAUUUAAGUAUAAUUUUCAAUUGAAACAUUAGCAAGAUGCGAACAUUAGGAACAUUUUAUAAAUCAAUGUUAAUAGUCUAUCAUAAUACAAGUAAAUAAUUCCCUCCAAAUUUAUAAACGUACAAAUCUUAAAAAAAUGCAAUGGCAGAUAACAUUAUUGAAAAGGGUAUAAUAACGCGAAUUUAUCUUGAAAAUUUUGUAACUUAUAAUCAAGUUGUUAUCAAACCUGGAAGAAAUUUGAAUUUAAUCAUCGGUCCUAAUGGCACUGGAAAAUCAACAAUUGUAUGUGCAAUUGUACUUGGCUUGGGAGGUAAACCUAACAUUAUUGGUAGAGCAGUACAUGUUAAGGAUUAUGUCAAGAGUGGUUGCAAUGAAGCCAAAAUAGAAAUUCAAUUGAAGGAAAGUCAUUCCAAAUUUGUUACCAUUACAAGAACAUUUAAUGUAUCUGGAAAAACAUGUUGGUUUUUAAAUGGACAACCCACCAAUUAUGCAGCUAUACAAGAAUUAACAAAUAGUUUUAAUAUUCAGAUGGAUAAUCUAUGUCAAUUUCUUCCGCAAGAUAAAGUUCAUGAUUUUUCAAAAAUGAAUGCCCAAGAAUUAUUAGAAAAUACAGAAAGAUCAGUUGGAGAUCCGAUAUUAUUAGAAUACCAUAUGAAGUUGAAAGAUUGUCGUGCUGAAAUUAAAAAUAUUGAAUCAAAAGUAGUAAGUAAACAACGCUUAUUAGAAACUAAAACACAAAAAUAUGAACAUUUAAAGGGAAUUGUAAGUACUAUCAAAGAAAAAAAAGCAAUAAAGAAAAAAAUUUUAACAUUGAAACAAAAGAAAACUUGGAUGUUGUACGAUCAAAAGAGAAAACAGUUGGUUGAAGCAAAAAACGAAAGAGAUUUAGCCGAAAAUAAAGUAAAAUCCUUACAAGCCAAACUUAUGCCGAUAAAUAAUAUGAUAAAGAAAACACAAUCGGAAAUUAACAACCAGCAAAGUAUAAUAAACGAUUAUAAUAAAAAUAAGAUCAUUGCGAAAUCAUCUGAAGCUAAUGAAGUAAUGAAUAACAUUCUUCAAGUUGAAAACGAAAUUAAAGAAGCUGAAGAGGAAUGUUCACGCAGGAUACAAGCAGAACAAAAUCGUGAUCAGGAUAUUAAUCUUGUACAGCAGCAAAAAAGUAAAUUAGUUAACGAUUUAAGUCUAAUGAUUAAAGAUAUUGGUUCAGAAGAAUCAUUAGAAAUAAAACAAAGAGAAAUUUCAGUAUGUUUGGAAAAACAAAAACGUGUUAAUAUUAGCUUAACAAAUGAGAUAACCACGUAUAAACAAGAACAUGAACGAAUUGAACGAGAAAUCAGAGCUGUAACAGAAGAACAAAAAUCCAUUAAUAUUCAAGCAAAACGAUUAGAGAUUUUAAGACAGAGAAGUCCUGAUUCAUAUAAAGGUGUACUUUGGUUGCGUGAAAAUCAAGAUAAAUUUCGAGGAAAAAUAUAUGAACCAAUGUUAACUUUGAUUAAUGUCAAAGAUAUUACAUAUUCGAAAUAUUUAGAAAGGAUUAUUGCUCUUAGAGAUUUAAUAGCAUUUGCUUGCGAAAAUAAGGAUGAUAUGAAUUUAUUAACAAGAUAUUUGAGAGAGCAACAAAAAUUACAAGUCAACAUAGUACACGUCAAUCCUGAGAAAAGAAUUUACUUAAAUCCGAAUAUACCAUUACAAAAUAUCAGAAGAUUUGGUUUUGAGCAUUAUCUGGCUUCGCUCUUUGAUGCACCGUCUGCUAUAAUGAAAUAUUUAAUACCAUCAUAUAACUUGAACAAUAUACCAAUUGGAUCACGUGCUGUAGAAGAAAAUGUGGAACAUAUACCUCAUAGUUUAACUUGUUAUUUUAGCCAUGAUCAUAUAUAUUCCGUGAAUAUGUCUAAAUAUACUGGUCAAAAAUCGAUUAAAAAGAUACAAAUAUCUGGAAAUGGAAUAUUAUCGAUAGUAUUAGAUACAAAUAAAUUGCAACAAAUGGAAAAAAGAUUGAAAAUGCUUAUUGAGAAAAAAGAAGAAAUUUUAAGUAGGAUAAAUGAAAUUAAUGAAACAUUAACUACAGAGAAUAAAAAAUUAGAUAAAUAUCGUGAAGAUCGAACAAAAUAUCAACAAACCAUGCAACAAAUUCAAACUCUUCGAAAUAGAAUAUCUAUAGUUAGUCAAAAGAUUGAAAAGUUAGAAAAUGAACGAACGAGUAAAGAAGACAUUAUAGCUACUUAUAAUAAACACAUUCAGGAUAUUGUAAAAAAACAGUUGGAUAAAUACAAAGAAUAUAAUUCAUUAUUAGAAGAUCGUUGGAAAUAUGAAAGAAUAAUUGAACAAGCCAAGUUAGCGUUACAUUUGUAUAAAAUGAGUUUAUUAAAUCAAGAAAAUGAUAUUCAAGAUUUGAAACAAGAAUUAUUAGAAGCUGAUAAAACAUUUAAAGAAUUAGAAUUACAAUACAGACCUUUAAAACAAGAAGCCAUUAAAGUAUUCAACGAAGCAAAAGAACUUACCAAUGGUCUUAGUCCGCAAGAUGAAAAAUUUAAACCUAUAAAUCAAAUAUUUAGUAAAUUACCACUCACAAUUGAAGAAAUAGAUAAAGAAAUAGCUGUAGCGCAAACCAAAGUAUUUUGUAUGAAACAAAAUGUUGAUGCUGAAAAUAUAUUUCGAGAAUUUGAAGAAUUGGAAGCGGAUAUACAUAAUUUACAAGAAUCCACAGAAAGGGAAAAAUUACAAGUGGAAACUAUUACCCAAAAUAUUAAUAAAUUACGCGAAAAAUGGUUACCACCUUUGGAAAAAUUAGUUGAACAUAUAAAUAUGAAUUUUAGUUCAUAUUUUUCAGAAAUGAAAUGCGCUGGAGAAGUUGCCUUAUCUCAUGGUGAUAAUGUGAUGGACUUUGAUCAGUACGGUUUAAAAAUUCGAGUAAAAUUCCGAGAUACGGAUGAAUUACAGGAAUUAACAAGACACCAUCAAAGUGGUGGGGAAAGGUCAUUAACUACUGCUAUUUAUAUGAUUUCUUUGCAAGAAUUAGCUAGAGUACCUUUUCGUUGUGUUGACGAAAUCAAUCAGGGAAUGGAUGCAAUUAAUGAAAGAAGAGUUUUUGAAUUACUGGUUAAAAUAACCGGAAGGCCAGGUAGUUCUCAAUAUUUUUUAUUGACACCAAAACUAUUACCGAAUCUCUCGUAUUUUGAAACGGUAACCGUACAUUGCGUUUUUAAUGGUCCAUUUAUGAUCUCAAGUUCGGAAUUUGACGUAGAACAAUAUUACAGAGAUAUUGCACAGAACGUAGGUUAAAUUAAAAUUAAUUUUUAUAAACUUUAACGUAUUUACUAAAAAAAAAAAAAAAAAAAAAAUAAUAAGCG